AUGGACGCCCCCACCGACGAGAAAUUCCCCAACGGAAGCCUUCUCAAAAGACUAGAAGGCAGCAAAAUCACCAUCAACUCACACACUUUCCACCUGAAAUCGAUUCUAUCCGAAUACGUCGAAGUGUGCUUCUGUGAACGACGGGCUGAGUUCCAAGCCGAAGAUGUAAGAACCAGAGAGACAGUCCGUCUUGAUUUCCGAGUCGAAAUCCCCCCCCUCCCCGACCAACCCCCCACAGUCCACCACCGCGCAAUCCAACUCUUCAACAAUGAAAGCAACACAUUCAAAGACCUCUCUCCCUCCGGCCACACAGCAGCGUACAUCACGCAUGCGGAAAUGACACAGGACGAGAAUUAUGAAUACCCCGGUGGCUAUCUGAAUGUGUUGGCGCUGGGCUGGUACCCGGACGUGGAUUUUGACGAAGCGAUUUUGGAUAUUCCGCGAACUGAGAUGGAGGGGAUUAAGAGACAGUUUGUGGAGAUGUUUUCAUCUUUCUACGAAGCAGGCUAUGAAUAUCUCGGUAUCCCGUGCAUGUACAAAUACGACCCCGAGAAGAAGAUCGUCUACGCAUCCAUCAUUGAAAUGUUCGAUACGAUCGACUGCGUUGAAUCUUUCUACCCGCUUGACGCACCGUCCACGUAUAAUCUGAGGAAUCUGCUAGCCUAUGUUGCGGAGAAUACGGGGAAGAAUGUGGUCGAUGAGGAAGAUGAAUAUAUGCGACAUCCCCAACCCAAUUGGGAAAAAAUCCCAUCCGCAAUCUUAAUUCACAUCCUGGCUCAGUGCGACUUGUUCGAUAUCUACGCUCUCUCUCUAACAUGCCAUCUGCUGCAUCGGCAAAUCACCAAGCACGAAUAUGCCAUUGCCAAGGAAUAUCUUCAUCGACGACAACAGCAGCGUCAAGAUGAACACGACAACGACCCCCCACCGUUGAUUGAAGAUCUUCUCUCCCCAGGCGACGACCUCACCUUCAUCUCGUAUCUGUUCCCGCCCCCUCCACCGCAUUACGUGAACGGGGCCAGCCUUCGAGAUGACCAACCCGAGUAUUCAUUCGCGUAUCUGGCGGAUUUAAACCGCUGCUGGACAACGUGUAUCAAGCUAUCUUAUUAUCUAGCUGAACAUACAGUCCGGCAUCAUCUUGAGACGGAUGCUACCGCGAGGACAUCGUGGGCGUCGUCGAAGACGGAAAAGGAGUUUGCGUAUAGUAAGGGUGUUGAGUUGCUCCAGGCGAAACUGUUACAUCCUAUGGCAUAUCUCAUCUUCUUUCUCGAAACAAACGCAUCCAUGACACCCCCACCCUCAUCUCCAUCCACCAGCAACCAUGCACAAGCACAGGAAACCCCCAUCCAAACCCAACAAUCCAUCCUCCAACAAUGCCCCUUUACAAACCCGCACAUCCUCCUCUCAACACAUCACUGCAUGCGCCAUUUAACAAAAAUCGUCCGCCACCUCAUGGCCCCGGAAAUCUCCUACGCCUCGACCGAGAACUGGCUCAGUCUGCUCCUGACCACGUCGACGCUCGAGCGGAUUCUAGGGUUUUUCACGGCUAUUGCGGAGGAUGAGGUGUGUGAGGAGCAGACUGGGCAUGGACAUGGACAUGGGCAUGCACAUACGCACACCUGGUCCCGUCGGAUGGAAUUCAUGUGGCAGAUGCGUGGAGAUUGGGACGAGGUUAUGGCUGAUGUUGGAGAUGGGAUUGGGGAGAGGAUUGCGGCUAUGCCUGGGUUGAGGGAGGUUUGGUUUGAGGCUGCUGAAAGGGAGAUUCAGGAUAGAGGGCUUGUUCCGCAUGAUUGUGAGGAUGUGGUUCCUAUUCUUCAUGGGUCGGUGGUUGUUUUGAACUGUGAUUAUUGUGAGCAGGAGGGUGUUUGUUCGCAAUAG